AUGAUGAUGUUGAUGAAGAAUUAGAAGAUGGUGAAAUGAUUGAGAAUAAUCAUCAACAUCAUGAUGAUGAUCUAAUUGAUGAACAGAUUAUUAUUAUGAAUAAUAAUGAUGAUGGUAAUCAAUCGAAACAACAAAAAUCGCAAUGGAAAAAAGGCCAGCAAUUUCAUCAAACAUCUCAACAGCGACAACAGUGUAUAGAUAAUAAAUCAGCGACAAUAACAACAAAUUGUCAAAUUAGUGAUGAUCAUAAUCAUUUAGUGAUCGAUAAUAAUACGGCAAACGAUGCUGAUGAUGAAGAUGAAGAAGAAAAUUCUGAAGUGGAAUCUUUUACAUUGGAUGAGGAAGAUAUUUCAACAACGGAUCGUAUCGCUAAACAACAAAUUGAUAAAAAUGAAACAAUAAUGUCUUCGACUAUUGCUGCCAAUACUGUUUCGGAUAAAACACAACCACCACCACCACCAAUAGAUUUGGUAUCAAUGAUGAUGACACGUUCUAUACGUAAAAAUAAAGAUGAAAUUUGUGAUGAUAAUGGUAAGAAUAAAUCAUCAUCAUCUUCGUGUCGAAGGAAAAAUGUUCAAAAUUUUUCCGAUUCACAACUUUAUCAUGAAUUACAAUUUACUUCAUCGGAUAUACAUUGUGCAUUUGAUGAAGUUGGUGCCACUAUUGCCAAAAUGCGAAUUAGUGAUAAUCAACAACAACAACAACAGAAUUUGCCUUCAUCAAAUACAGAUGUCGAUACAACAACAACAGCAAAAUAUUUAGAUAUUCAUCAUGAUGAUGAUUUUAUAGUUGAUGAAACUUCGUUAUCGUCGAAAAAAUGUCAUACUACCACCGAUGAUGAUAAUAAUGCAACAAUAAUUGAAAAAACAUCAGUGAAUGAUGGUGAUGUGAUUAAUAAACAACAACAAUCUUCAUCAUCAUCUUCGGCAUCAUCAUCAUCAGCGUUAUCAAUAUCAUCAUCAUCAUCAUCGUCUUCGUCAUCAUCAUCAUCAGCGGCAACUGUAGCCGGAUUAUUAUCAUUAAAUGAUGAUUCUAAUCGUGCUGAUGUUGAUAAAUUAUUUCAAUAUGCUGCCGGUUUUGGUUGUUAUGAAAUGGUAGAAUAUUUGUUAAAAAAUCCACGUAUUGAUGUGAAUAAAUGUGGUGCAAAAGAAAUGACACCAUUAAUGGAAGCUGCAAGUAAUGGUCAUUUGGAUGUUGUUUGUCUUUUAUUGGAUCAUGAUGCUGAUAUUAAUCAAAAGUCUUCCCAAGGUUGUACAGCAUUGAUAACUGCUGCCGAGAAUGGUCAUUUAGUUGUUGUUGAACAUUUGGUUGAAAAAGGUGCCGAAAUUGAAGCUCAAAAUGAAAGUGGUCAUACAGCAUUAAUGGAAGCAGCAAGUGCUGGUCAUACGGAUGUUGUACGAUAUUUAGUAUCACAAGGUGCAAGUAUUAAUGUUCAUUCAAAUGAAUAUAAAGAAACGGCACUUACAUUGGCUGCAUAUAAAGGUCAUACAGAAAUGGUAAAAUAUUUUAUCGAUAUUGGUUCAAAUGAUAUGAUACAUCGUAAUGAAGAAAUGCAUACAGCAUUAAUGGAAGCAUCAAUGGAUGGUCAUGUUGAAGUAGCCCGAUUAUUAUUAGAUUCUGGUGCACAGGUUAAUAUGCCACCGGAUAGUUUUGAAUCACCAUUAACAUUAGCUGCUUGUGGUGGUCAUGUUGAAUUGGCAUUAUUAUUAUUGGAACGUGGUGCAAAUAUUGAAGAAGUUAAUGAUGAAGGUUAUACAGCAUUAAUGGAAGCAUCACGUGAAGGACAUGAAGAAAUGGUUGCAUUAUUAAUAUCGCAUGGUGCCAAAAUUGAUGCCACAACUGAAGAUUCAAAAGAAACUGCAUUGUUAAUGGCUUGUGGUGCUGGUUCAACUGAAGUUGUUAAUUUAUUGAUAAAAGCUGGUGCCGAUUUAGAGAUUGGUGCGAAUACACCAUUAAUCGAAUCAGCACAAGAAGGACAUUAUGAAAUUGUUAAAAUACUUAUUGAUUCGGGUGCUGAAAUUAAUGCUUUCAAUAGUUCAGGUGAAACAGCAUUAGCAUUAGCAACUGAAAAUGGUUAUUUUGAUAUAGUAAAAUUAUUGAUUGAAUCGGGUGCCGAAAUUGAUUUGAUUGUGAAUGGUGGUCGAACACCAUUGAUGAAAGCAGCACAAAAUAAUCGUAUAGAAAUAUUAACAUAUUUAAUACAACAAAAAGCACAGGUUAACCGAUCGACAAUGACAAAUGAUGCAACAUCAUUAUCAUUAGCAUGUUCAAAUGGUCAUACGGAUAUUGUUGAAAUUUUAUUACAAUCCGGUGCUGAUCUUUAUCAUCGUCUGAAAGAUAAUUCAACAAUGUUAAUGGAAGCUGCUAAACAAGGUCAUGUUAAUGUUGUUGAAUUAUUAUUACAAUAUAGUCAUCAUUAUCGUCAAAAUAAUUCAUGUCAAUAUUCUGGUGGUAAUGGUGGUCAACAACAACUACAACAGAAUCUGGGAUCAACAAUAACCAAAACGAAAAAGAAUUUGGCAAAUUCUUCAUCGGCAAGAAUUUUACCACCUUGUGCAAAAAUGCAGAAAAAAAUGACACAACAACAACAACAACAAUCAUCGUCAACAGCAACGGCAAAUAAAUUGAUGCCAACACCAACAACAAGUGAUUAUCAAAAAUCUAAUUCAACAUCGAAUAAACGAAUUACAAUGACUAAAAUUAAUGAUAAUGAUAAUAAAGUGAUCUAUCAAACACAACCACCACCGCCACCAUUAUCAUCGAUGAUGAUGAUUGAAUCAUCAUUGGCUUCGAAAAAGAUUCGUAUACCCGAAUCAACAUUAACACCACAAUCACAAACAUUAUCUUCCGGUGUUGUGACAAAAAGUGGUAAAAAGAUUUCAUUGGAAACAAAAUCUUCGAGAAGUCUUUCCGAUCCAAGUCAUUCGAUGAUGAUGAUGAUGAAUCCAACUUUACAAUCACCUGAUCAAUUGGUUGAUAUUGAUGAUCAACAACAACAGCAAUCCGAUCAUCAUUUGAAUAAUCGUCUGUUGUUGUAUAAUGAAAUGGUUGGUUCAUUGUUUUACAGUGUAUUUCAUUUGUUGUUGAAACCAUCAAUGUUGAUUACAACGAAUAAUGUAUCCGAAUUGUUGAAACAACAGCGAAAAUUCAGUUCAGAUGAUGAUCGUUUAUUCAAUGAAGUGAUUACCAAUGUGAAUGAUCUGCUCAAUAAAGAUGAAAUUGAUUUAUGGCGUGGAUGGCUUGAAGUUCGUCUUAAAUUUUUGGAUAUUUUUCGACGAUGUACAGCCAUAUAUAAACAGAUCAAUAUGGAUGAACAAACUUUGAAUCAGCAACAAGAUGGUGAUGGGACAAAUAACGAAGAAUCAUCUUCACACGAUAAUAAUGAUAAUGAUGAUGGUGAUAAUCAUCAGAUACAGCCACCAAUAAUUGUACCGGGUUUUGUUUUGCAAACAUUUUUACGACAUAAACGUAUCAUUGAAUCAUUUUUUGGAAUUGUUAAUCCAGAAUUAUUUGAUAAAUUGCAAGAAUUAUUACAGGCAAAAUGGGAUGGUUAUGUACCGACAAAUUUAGCGACAACAACCGAAACAACGGCUACAGGUGAAACAUUUUGCUUGCCAACAACAUCUUCAUCGGCAACUUGUAUGGCUACUAAAAAUUUGAAUGAUGAAGAUGAUGAUAAUGGUGAAGAUAUGGCUGGGGAUGAUGGACAAUCAACAAAAGAGAAUCGAUCAGCUUCAUUAACUGAACAGGAUUGUCUAUAUUUUGGUACUGGUAAUUCAUCAUCGAUAACGACUAACAUUGUUGAUCAACAACAACAACAACAAGGAGAUAUGUUGAAAACAUCAUUGCAGAAUAUAUCAGCAACCGAUGUUGAUCAUUUUCAUCCACCUGAAGAAUUGGAAAAAAUUUAUACAGAACAGAUUAUUUUCGCUAUACAAGAUAAUGAUAUCAAACCUAUUGGAUAUUUGGAUAAUUCAUUGUUUCAGGUAUUUUGCAAAUUAUCACGGGCAUUUUUAUCACCAAACAAACCUGAAUCGAUGAUACAAUUGAUGGAAUUGGUUGAACAAAAACCAACAUUAAAACAGGUGAUGCAACCAUUAUUUGAUUUAAUCUUUCGUCGUAUACAAAGUGUACGUUCUCGUACAAUUAAUGAAUUAACCGAAUCAUUAAAAGAUGAAAUUGAAUUACAUUUCUGGUAUUUUGGUUCACGUUUAUUAUCAACGGCUGAUAUGAAACAAUUCAAUGAAAUGAUGGCUCUUGUUUCAAAUACAGCCACCAUUAAUAAUAAUAAUGAUGAUAAUAAUGUUGUUUCGCCAAUAGAAACGGUGAAAAAUGAUUCAAUUGAAGGUGAUAAUCGACGUAAAAUAUGGCGAUGUUCAUUAUCACCUGAACAGGUAGAAAUGGAAUUGAAAAAUCAAUUGCUUGCUGCAUUAUCAUUCGCCAAAUUUACGACGGAUAGAUAUGCAAAAGAUUUGUUACGUGAAAAUCUUAGAUAUCCACGAAUAGCGUUGCUUCAACAGCCACAAACAACAAUGGCUUCAAUGGAUGAUACUUUUGAAAUUGAUCUUGUUUUUUACAUUUCAAGCGAUGGUGUUAUAAUGCCUACAUAUGGAACAAUGAUGAAUAAUCAAUUCAAUGAAGAACAAAGAUCACCGUCACCAACAUCAUCGACAAUGAUGAUGAUCAAUGAAUCGAUGACGGUUGAUAAUAUAAAAAAUGCGAUUACCUCUAAUGAUGAUGUUUCUGCUGCUGCUGCUGUAAUUCCAUCGACAAAUUUUAUAAUGGAACCAAAUGGAACAAAUGUAGUUGGUUCAGAUGUUAUCGUCAAUAAUGAUCAUCAAUCAACACCAACAUGGUCGGCAAAUACAUUAUUACCGAAUGCAUUGAUUGAAUUUAUUAAUGCAAUACCACCAUCAUCGAUUGGUGAUCAAAAUAAAAUACAAUUAUUACGUGAACGUCUUCGUGAACUAGGUAAUUGUAGUACAGAAUUAUUUCAACGACAACAACGAUUAGAACAUCAACAACAAUAUAAUCAGGAUACGAUUGUUGAGCAAACACAAGCGACCAAUGAUGAUGAUAAUGAUCCAAAUUCACCGAAAUUAUUUCGAGAAUUAAUGGCUGCCCAAUUACGAUAUCAACAACAGCAACAACAACAACAACAAGAUCCAAAUCAACCAAUGAAAAUAUUGCCACUUUUUUCAAUGGCCAAUACGGUCAAUACAACGAGUAAUACUACCACUAUUACCAAUGUUGAUUCGAAUCAUUUUCAAUUGCCAACAACAACAACAAUAGCGACAACAAUUUCAUCAUCACCAUUAUUUCAUUUUGCUGCUACUAUAAGUCAACAAACAUCAUCAACAACAACAAUGAUUAAUAAUAAUUCGUCGAUUACAUCACCGUCAUUAAUGAUGAAUGAUAAUAUAUGUCCAAUGGCUACUACAUCAAUACCAAACAAUCCAAAUGAAUCGAAUGAUAUGUUGAAUUAUAAAACAUAUCUUUUGCCGGUAAAUAAUCAAUUGGAUCAAUCAACAAAUUCAGCAUUUGUUCCGGUUAUAGCUCAACAACAACAUUCGAAUCAAACAACAGCUACAACGGUUAUAAUACCAACAAAUACAACAUCAACAGCAACUAUUGCACGUACCGGUUUAUUUAUGGAUAAUACAAAUGUUGAUCAAGUUAUGAUGAUUGAACAAUCGCAACAACAACAACAGAUUCAAAAACAAUCAUCAUCAUCAUCAGCACCAUCACCUUUUCUAUUUAAGUCACCGAAUUCAAAAUCGGUAACAACAGCAAUGGCAACAACAACAACAAUACCACGAACAGCAAAAAUACAAAAACAUGAUCUUUAUUCAUCGACAUCAUCAAUGAUGAAUGAUAAUGAUGAAAUGGUUGCAAAAUAUCAAAAACCAACAUCAUCAUCUUUAACGAUAAAAAAGAUUGCACCAAAUUGUCAACAACAACAACAAACAUUGAAUCAACAACAACAAUCGGCGACAACAACAACAACAGUUGGACAACAACAACAACAAUCAACAACAAAAUUUAAAUCACCAUAUUCUGAUCUAAAUCAACAAAAUGAUUCAAAUCAUGAUACAGCAUUAACAUUAGCAUGUUCAGCUGGUCAUGAAGAAACAGUAAAAUUAUUAUUAAUGCAAGGUGCCGAUAUUGAACAUCGUGAAAAAAAAGGUUAUACACCAUUAAUGUUAGCAGCAACAAAUGGUCAUUCAAAAAUUGUUGAUAUUUUAAUUGCAAAUAAUGCCGAUAUUGAAGCACAUACUGAUCGAACGAAAGAUACAGCAUUAUCAUUAGCUUGUUCAGGUGGCCGUUAUGAAGUUGUUGAAAAAUUAUUAGCACGUGGUGCAAAUAAAGAACAUCGAAAUGUAUCGGAUUAUACACCAUUAAGUUUAGCUGCAUCCGGUGGUUAUGUAUCGAUAAUAAAUUUAUUAUUAAGUUAUGGUGCUGAAAUUAAUUCACGUACUGGCUCGAAAUUAGGUAUAUCACCAUUAAUGUUGGCAGCAAUGAAUGGUCAUACUGAAACAGCCAAAAUUCUAUUAGAUCGUGGUAGUGAUAUUAAUGCUUAUAUUGAAACAAAUAAAAAUACAGCAUUAACAUUGGCCUGUUUUCAAGGUAGAACUGAAGUUGUAUCAUUAUUAUUAGAACGUAAUGCAAAUAUUGAACAUCGUGCAAAAACUGGUUUAACACCAUUAAUGGAAGCAUCAUCCGGUGGUUAUGUUGAUGUUGGAAAAGUUCUGUUGAAUAAAGGUGCUGAAGUUAAUGCAUCACCUGUACCGGCAUCACGUGAUACAGCAUUAACAAUUGCAUCGGAUAAAGGACAUACAACAUUUGUUGAAUUAUUAAUCAAACGUGGUGCAAAUGUUGAUGCAAAAAAUAAAAAAGGUUAUUCACCAUUAUGGUUAUCAUGUAAUGGUGGUCAUUAUGAUUGUGUACAAUUAUUAAUCAAUGCAAAAUGUGAUGUUGAUUCACAAGAUAAUCGUAAAAUAUCCUGUUUAAUGGCUGCAUUUCGUAAAGGACAUAUAAAAAUUGUUAAAUUAAUGGUUAGACAUGUAACACAAUUUCCAUCGGAUCAGGAAAUCAAUCGUUAUCUAUCGAUUUGUCAGGAUGAAGAAUUACAGAAAAAAGUUUGUAUUUGUGCCGGUAUUAUACGUUUUGCAAAAGAUCGACAAGCAGCUGAAGCAUUUAAAAAUGCAGCAAAUUUAUUGGAAGAAAUUGAUCAGGAAAGAUCAAGAGAAGAGAAUCGAAAAGCAGCAGCAGCAAGAAGACGUGAACGUCGUAAACAAAAGAAAAAAGAAAAAGCGGGUAAAAAUUCACAAACAUCGAAUAAUCAAAAAGAUGAUGAUGAUGAUGAAGAGGAUAAUAUUGAUGAAUAUAUGAAAAAAAUGAAAAAGAAAAAACAGAAUAAAUCUAGACAAAUUGAUGAACAACAUGAUCGACAAUUAGAGAAUCUAAUUAAUCAACAACAACAAGAAAAAGGUGGUACAAUAAUGGCUGAUAAUACGAUCAUUUUGAAUGAUAAAAUUCAUCAACAAAAUAUGGAUAAUAAAGCUGAAUUGAUGAAUAAUAAAAAAAUGAUGAAUAAAUCGAAUAAUCGAACAUCGAUUGAUGCUGGUAAUCAUUCACAAAUAUCAUCAACAACGUCGACAACAACAACAACAACAAAAUUGAUUCCUUCAAUGAUGAUAAAAAAUCAUCGAAAACAAACAUUAAUUUAUAAUGAUGAAAAUAUUCAUCAAGAACUUACCCAAAAUAAUCAACAUCAAACGACAAGUGUAAAUACCGGAUCGAAUUAUCAUCAAGACAAUAACGGUGAUUUGGGUAGAAUUGUUGAAAUACAACAACCGAUAACGACUACUGCGGCAGCGGCUGUAACAUUGACAACAAAUUCAUCAAAUUAUCAUCGUCAAAAUCAAUCAUUCUUACAACAGCAAUCGCAACAACAACAAGUAAAUAAUUCUCGAAAUAAUAGUAGUAGUAGUGGUGGUGCUGGUGCUUUUGUCGGUAAUAGUAAAACGUUUAAUAAACAACAACAUCAUCAUCAUCAUCAACAGCAACAACAACAACGUUUCGAAUCAACAAAUUCGAAUUCGAAUCAUACGACAUUGUCGAAUAAUAAUAAUUUAUUAUCAAAUCAUAAUAAAUCUGCAGCGAGCAUAUCGUCAACAACAACGACAACAACAAACGAAAUGAAACGUGAAGACGGUUGGAAAGAAGUUGUUGAACGAAGAAAAUCGAAAAAAGUUUUGGUUCCGGCAAAUGCAAUUAGCCGUGUUAUUGGACGUGCUGGUUGUAAUAUUAAUACUAUUCGUGAAAUAUCCGGUGCACAUAUUGAAGUAGAAAAACAAAAAGGACAAGGUGAUCGUAUGGUAAUAAUACGUGGAUCGACUGAUGUAACACGAAUUGCAUCACAAUUGAUUACGGUAUUAUCAAAAGAAGCGGAUAAAGAUUUAUCCGAAAUUAUUCGUGAAUUAGGUCUAUCAAAACCGACAAAUGAUUCGACAACAACAACGGCGAAUACAUCGACGACCAAUACGGUUGUAUCUCAACAAGAGUCAUCGAUAUCAACAACAAUGUCAUCAUCAUCUCCUGGUUCGAUAAUAUCAUCCGAUUCGAUACAAAAUUCUACAUCUGUUUCGAAUAAUCAAACACAACGUCAAGCAUCGAAGUCGGUUGGUCGAACACCGGCCAAUACAACGACUGGACCGAAUUUUCAUACAAAUAAAACAACAUUGUCGAAAAAUUCCGAAUCACAAAAACAAUCAUCAGGUACAUCGAAUACUGUUUCCUAUACGAUGGCUGUAAAUUCGAAAACUCGAUCAAUCAAUUCAUCAUCAUCGUCGUCAUCGACAUCAUCAUCAUCCGGUUCAACAAUGUUGGCAACAACUUCGAAUAUUUCAAAAUCAAUUAAUGGAAAUGGUAACAACAGUAAUACAACAACAAUCAACAAUGGUGUAAAAAUUAUAAGCGCCGUUUAUAAACCAUCGAAUAAAUCACAAAUAUUUCGUAAUAGCAACAAUAACCAUUUGGUCUAUAAUAAUAAUAAUAAUCAUCAUAUUACGAUCAAAACGGAGACAAAUCAUUCGAUGAAUGAAACAAAAUCACAUUAUUCUCAUACACCGAUGAUGACAGCCGUUACAACAUCAACGACAACAAUAUCAUCAACAAAAAUGAAUGAAAAAUUAAAUUUUGCUUCAGUCGCAGCCGGUAAUAUUUCGUCGAAUGUUGGCGAUUCAUAUCAACAUCAACAUCAUAAUAUGACGCUAUCACCUUCAAAUAAUUCAAGCCAAUCAUCAUUAUCAUCAACAAAAUCGACAACUAUGGCAUCUUCAACAUCAUCAUCAUCAUCCAUAUCGAAACAACAACCAACACCGCCACAAUUACAAUCAACAACAACAACAACAGAUUCAAUGAUGAUGAUGAAUAUGAUGAAUGAUGAUAAACAUCAACAAUCAAAUUUUGCAUUCAAUUCGAGUAGCAAUAAUAAUAAUAAUCGACAAUUUGUAUCACCAAAUUCUUCAUCAUCAACAUCAUCACCGGCUUCUGUUUCAUUUUCACCAUCAGCUGCUGCACAACCAGGUUCAUCAUUAUCUAUACAAACAUGUGUUGCUAAUAAUAAUAAUAUCAAUCAUCAACAACAACAACCUGUUCAACAACCACCUCUUAAUUCACAAUUUCAUCAUAAUCAUCAACAACAACAGCAGCAACCGACACCAAUUGGACAUGUUAGAUCGGCACCAUGUACACCACCGAUUGCAAAUUAUUGUUCACCUGGUACUAUUGGUUCGAAAUUUAUUUCGACUGGAAAUUCAAAUCUACAAUUACAGCAAACAUUUUCGGAUGUUCUUUAUAAUAGUGGUGAUUCUCAACAACAACAACAACAUUUGCAAACAAAUAACAAAUUAAAUAAUAAUAAUGUUGAUUCAUUUUUAUUGAAUUCUAAUGUUGUUUCAUCAACAACAUCUGAAUUUGGUAAUCUAUUUCCACAACAACAACAACUUAACAACAAUAGUAAUAAUAAUGGUAAUCCUAUGCAUUCAAAUGCAUAUCUUUUAUCAAAUAUGAUGAUUAAUUCAAAUCCAAAUGUUAAUGAAUCACAUCAUCAUGGAUUGAUUGGUCAUCAACAACAACAACAACAACAACCAUCGAUGAAUUCACCAAUCAAUCGUCAAUCUGUUAAUGCUAAUUUUAUUGAUCAUCGACCAAUUACACCGAAUAUCUAUGAACAACAUUCUUCCAAAUUAACAUCAUCCAAUCGAUCAUCACAAUUGAAUCCGAAUGCACCGGAUUUUACUUCACGUUCAAAUUCAUUUUCAACCAAUACAUUAUCACAGCCAAAUUCAAUGAUUUCAUUGAAUCUAAAUCAGAUGAAUCCAUUAAGUCAAUCAGCACAAACUGUAUCGAAUUUUGGCAACAAUAAUAUGGCUGCUCCAAAUCAUUUGCAAGCUGGUGUUGGUCGACCUAAUUUUAUGGCUACUGUUGGCGGUGGUGUUAGUGCACCAAACAUUUCGAACGAUGUACGUCAAAUGAUUGUUAAUUAUUCGAUGAAUAUUUUCCAGAAUCAAAUACCGAAACGUCAUCAAGAAGCAGCAGCACGUCUUGCACAUUCUUUUGCACAUAAUGAAGUACUAUUGAAUAAUAAUGUUGGACCACCACAUCUUUCUCAUCCGGUACCACCACCACCACCACCUCCUUUACAGCCACAAUUUGGUCCACCAGUUGCUGAUAGAUUAAAUAUGAUUCAACAAUUUAUGCUACAGCAACAACAACAACAAGGUCAACUUCGUGCAGCAGCUACAAUGCUUGGUGUAACGAAUAAUAUCGAUGCUUAUCCAUCUGGAUUACCACAACAACAACAAACAUCAACAUUACCAUUGAUGCAACAUUAUCGAAUGCAACAACAACAUUCAUUGAUCAAUAAUAAUAAUCAUGGUAAUUUUUCAAAUUAUGAUCUUUAUGGAACAACAACAACAUCAUCAUCAUCAUCAACGAAUUCAUCUUCGAAUCAACAACAAAAAAAUGAUGUAGUGAAUAAUUUAUCAUCUGUUUCAGCUCCUAUUAUUGAUAAUAAUGGUGAUAAUGGUAUUCAACAACAGAAAAUAAAACCACCUGCACCUAUUGGAACUGAACGUGCACAACGGAAAAAUCCGAAUCAACAACACUCUACGGCGGCUACAUCGUUAGCAACGAAUCCAUUGUUUGGUGAACAUAAUUCAACGAUUGGUACUGGUUCAGGAUGGUUAGAUAAUUGUGAAGAUCUUACAGCUGAUCCAACUGCUUCAUCUGUUGCUACCGGCAGUGGUUUACCUCCAUUUGGUACGACAGAUUUUGCUGAUAUUUUUCCAACACAAUCAACAUCGAAUGAUUUUGGCUUGUUGAAUACUUUUGGUACAUCAGCAUCAAGUGGUGUUCGAAAUAAUCUUACAACGGUCAAUCCAUCUGGAACCCGUAUAGGUGAUGAUUCAUCAUUUGAUCCAUACAAUACGGUUGCUAAUGAUUUCAAAAUGUUAAACAUAUUGAAUAAUCAUAAUUUGGGCACUGGUACGGGUAAUACUAAUGAUGCCGAAUAUUGGUCAUCAUCAAAUAAUAAUAAUAAUGAUUCCAGUAAUAAAUUAUCGAUUAGCACUGCUGGUACAUUGGAUACAUCGAAUUUGCAAUGGAAUAAUUGGAAUAAUAACAAUUGAUAAAUCAGCCGCAGCAAUUGAAACAUAUGCUAUAAUUUUCGUAACAACAACAACUACAGACUCUCAUUCUUUUCAUCUUUACCGUUUAUUAUCAUUAUCAUCAUCAUUAAUUUUGGUCCAAAUACGCUGAACUAAGGAUAUGGAUUAAAUUUCAAACAACAUCAGCAGCAGCAAAAAACAUCAAUUAUCAUUAAAUUUCAACUCUUAAAAUCUG